AUCGAGUUUUCCUAGUGAUGACGGAAUCGCCAGGGCCGGGACAUGGCAGCCAGGGAGGAUACCAUUACAUUUCGGCGACGGACUGCUAUUUUGGUGGGUGCUGCAGUGAUUGUCAUAUUUGUGGUGUUGAUAAUUGCUCUAGCUGCUACAGCCGCUAAGACUUGUCCUGAGAUUGGCAAAACCUGUCCGGAGGACUGGCUUCACCUCAGAAAGAAGUGCUACUUCUUGUCUAGUGAAUUGGAGAAUAAGAAAAAUUGGAAUGACAGCCAGGAAUUCUGCAAAUCGCAAGGGGCUGACCUGGUUGUGAUUGAAGACAAACGGGAGCUGUUAUUCAUUCAGCAAUUCAAGAAUUUCUGGAUUGGUCUCUACAGGACAAAAGAAGGAUUCUUUUGGGUCAAUGGAGCCCCACUGAACCAGAGUCUGCUCCAAGUCACCGACCCAGGGAUCUGUUCUUACAUUUCCGACACAAAGAUUGCAACAGACACCUGCUCCACAUCCAAGUAUUUUGUUUGUGGCAAAAGUCUGUCUGGCUGAUAUGGAGCUAGGAAGUGCCCAGUUCUGACCAGUAAAAACAGUUUAGAAUUUAUAAUUUCAGUUUUUUGAAAUAAAUGUUUUUAUUAUUUUUAGCCA